AUGUCGCGCAGUCCAGAAUCUGCUCCGGCUUCCACAGCGGCGAAUAAUCCGGGCGUCCAACCGCCGCUAGAGAAUGAUGCUGUGUCGCUGCUGAGCUCGUCCCCGCUGGAUGACGCCCUCCUCGAUACCCCGAUGCUUGGUCCGAUGACCCCUAAGAGCCCGAGACUUUCAAGGAAUCCUUCGUUCUCUGGUAGCAGCUCAUACCAAGAGGACUGGGACACGUUGCCGCCAUUGGACAGACUUACCGUGCUCGACUUAUUGGAUAACUUUGCCCUGCCACAGCAGCUGGAGAAGCUCCAACGAAACCUCUCGGCUCAAACAGACAAGGUCCGGAGGUCCAAAGAUGCCUUCAAAUCCAAAACGCAAGUAGCUCGGGAGCGUCUUGUGGACGAAUGGCGACAACGUUUGCCUUCUGCGGAUGAGCAGCUGGACCGGUACCGAAAGCGUAUGAGGCGACGCGUCGAGAAUCUUGGGAAACAAUGGAACGACACGAAAGCCAUCAGCUUACGCGAGAAGAUUUCGUUUAUUUGUGGUGUCAUGAACAUCUUCAUCAGUGGAUAUCUGAUCGGCGCUUAUCCUGAGUACUUCCACAUCUGGUACACUGUCCAGCUCAUGUACUUCAUGCCCAUUCGGUUCUUCACCUAUCGCCGGCGCGGUCUGCAUUAUUUCCUAGCUGAUCUUUGCUACUUCACGAACCUUCUUGUUGCGCUGAGUCUCUGGGUUUUCCCGAACUCGAAGCGACUCUUCACCUCGGCGUAUUGCUUGGCCUUUGGGAACAAUGCUGUGGCGAUCAUCAUGUGGCGCAAUUCCCUCGUGUUUCACAGCUUCGACAAGGUCACAUCAUUGUUCAUCCACAUGAUGCCUUGUGCGACCCUGCAUUGUGUCGUCCACUUGCUUGAUCCUGAAUGGCAGAUGGAACGGUUCCCAGCUAUAUGGGCAAUAAAAAAUGCGGACCCCGGAUCGUCAACAGCGUACGCUAACGUGUUCUCGAUGCUUGCCUGGAGCACACUGCCUUAUGCCAUCUGGCAGGUCUGCUACUAUUUCUUCAUUACGGUAAGACGCAGGGAGAAGAUUGCAGCGGGCCGACCCACGUCCUUUACAUGGCUGCGGCGCUCGUACUCCAAGACUUUGAUUGGCAAGCUUGUGCUGGCUCUUCCAGAUAGCCUGCAAGAAACUGCUUUUAUGCUUAUCCAGUACGCAUAUGCCUGUCUCACGAUGGUGCCUUGCCCUUUAUGGUUCUUGAGUCGAUGGGCUUCCGCGGGGUUUCUCAUGGUUAUUUUCUCAUGGAGCAUCUACAACGGUUCAACGUAUUACAUCGAUGUCUUCGGCAAGCGUUUCCAAAAGGAGCUUGAAAGCAUGAAACAAGAGGUCCUGAAAUGGCAAAGUCUGGCCGACGCUGGACUACAAUCACCUCCCAUGGGUCCCCAAACGGAACCCGCCACGCCCGCCGCCGAAAAAUCGGAUCAGCUACUUGGCCUUGGAGCUUCGGCAGCGUCACUCAACAGCGAGAGACAGAAAGGAAGCACGCAGCAACUCGCCGAGGGCAUCGACAGCACUACCGUACCGAAUAUCAACUCCGCCAAGAUCCCACUGCUGGAUGAGGAUAUCAAGGGGCCGUCCGGUGUUGACGAAGGCAACUCAGACUCUGUCCACGAGCGGAAAAGCACAUCCGCUCGGCCGUAA